UAGAAGGUACCGCGCGUAGAUUGAAAUAUAUGCGUUAGAUUAAAUACAGCAACAUUUCUGGGAAUGUCAUCGACAGAUACACCUUCAACGAAAUUUGGACAGUGUGAGUUCACUGCUGAGGAGCAUGCAAGUAUCCAAGCAGCUCUGAGGCAAAGGCUUGGGCCAGAAUUCAUUAGCCAGAGGGCUGGAGCUGGUGGACAAAAGCUCGCAUACAUUGAGGGGUGGCGGCUGGUCAAUCUGGCAAAUGAGAUGUUUGGAUUUAAUGGCUGGUCACAUUCUGUCACCCACCAGACUAUUGAUUUUGUGGACCACUACAAUGGAAAGUACUAUGUUGGAGUCAGUGCAUUUGUCAAAGUCGUUCUGAAGGACGGUAUCCACCACGAGGAUAUAGGGUAUGGAGUGAGUGAAGGCAUGAAAUCAAAGGCCCUGUCACUUGAGAAAGCCCGAAAGGAGGCGGUCACCGAUGGGCUCAAGAGGGCACUUAAAAGCUUUGGUAAUGCCAUGGGGAACUGCUUAGGAGACAAAGAUUAUUUGAAAUGCAUAAAUAGAGCACCAAAGCCGCCUGCUGAACAAUGCAACAUUCAAGAAAUGAAGCAUUCCCCUAUGGAUCCAAACAUUGAACAGGCCAGGAAGACUGGUUUACAAGCUGCUGAUGGCAGAAGAAAUAGUGUAAACCAGUCAGAUAUAGUCGCAAAUAUUGUAAACGUUCUACAGCAGAAUAACUGUGUCAUGAAACGGGAAUCAGAAAACAUUUCAAGUAAUCAGAAUGGACCUGACAUGAGAAACAAUCCUCAACAGUCAAAUAACAAUCCGAGUGCAGCACAGGGAUUUAGUGUAAGGCAAAGUGCAAUGAGUAAGAAUAGUUUAAAGUUACCAGGGACCUCAGUGAGACAUAUGCAGAGAAGAUCCCGCAGUAUGACAACAGAAAUGGAAGAAAGUGAGCGAGUCGGUGAGAAUAUGGAAAAUGAAAAUCCAGCCCUGACCAGCGAUGUAACGGGAGCAAGACAGGAUAGCUGCAGUCCCACGCCAGGUGAUGUGAGUGAACAGGCGAAGCAGGAACGCAUGCAGAGGAAAUUACAGAAGCAGCAGGAGUUCCUGCGUAACCUCGAGAAACAGAAGAAUAAUGAUGACAUUGGUGCCCCUAUAGCCACCUCCACCCCGGCCUUCAACCCUAUGCUAACUUCCAGUCCCCACCCUGAAGGACAAGGUCACCAGCGCCCGACUGCAGACAUCGGUCAGUCUGAUGAUGGGCUGGUACCUGAAGAUAACUUUGAGGAACUUUCGUUCUGGAGCCAGUCAAUAGACCUGGAACCUGAAACAGACACUUACAAACUAGGUCACCAAAAUGGUGCCUCACACGCUCCAAGACAAGCUGAUAAUCCUACCUCCAAUCAGAGAGCUCUUCAGCAGCAAAAGUCAUUGGUCAGCUCGAUGAAGAGGCCAGAUGGAGGAGGGCAGUUUGUGAUGCCCAGACCCAUGUCAGAGUCUACUUUAGCUGCGAAAAGAAGAAGAACAGAUAACAACUCGUGACACCUGUUCAUGAUUUGUUCAGAUAUGUUUUGUUUGUUUUGUUCAGAUUGCUAAAAAAUAAAUUUUUGUAAACCAUA